AUGCAGUUUACAGUUGUGGUUCCCAAAGGUCAGAAGCCACCGACUGAUAACUCCAGGGUUCCUGACUUUCAACCGAACUCCGUGAAGGCAACCAGACUUGGCGCGAAGACGACGAGAUACAUCACCAUGUACGAGAAGCCGUCGACCAAAGGUGGCAAAAACCCAUUUCUCUACAUCAACGGGAGAAAGUUUCAGGAUCCGGCGACGGAGAAACCCAAAGCAGGUAAGAGCGAGGUGUGGGAAGUGAUUAAUCUGACCAAGGAAAAUCGUCCUCUGCACAUACACUUGGCUACGUUUCAGGCAAUUAAGGUUGUGAAGCUGGUGAGCAAUGUGACUGAUUUCAAGGCUUGCAUGCUGAAGGGCAAGGACGGCAACGCCACCGCCUGCAAAGUGAAUAAAUUUGUAAGCAGGGAAGAGGUGGCGAUACCCAACUACCAGAAAGCAUGGAAGAACACGGUGAAUAUAGAAGCAGGAUGCCAGACCACUGUCGUCGUCAAGUUCCCGGACGGCAAUAAGCCUUCUCUUAAGAACAUUAAAGCUGAACCCGGAUAUGUCUACCAUUUCAACGUUUUGGAUGGCGAAAACAAUGCCAUGAUGCGACCAUUGAAGCUGGUCUAA